AUGUUCAACACCGAUGUUCCUCCCACUCCCGGGCGCACAGACUUUCCUAUCACGGGCGACGCCGUUGACCCUUUCCAUCGUCCAGUAUGUGCCCGGCCGCCAACCAAGAAGGAAAUUCAACACAAGUCUCCCCCGAGGUUGCCCUCUGAACAUACCGAAGAGCUCCAGUUCCAAGGCGAGGUCGUCCACACCCUCAUGAUGACGACUGAAGUUGCCAGGGUGCUGGCGAUGCUAGAUGCGAUUAUGGGCCCGGCGGAAAAGUGUGGAUUAGAUCCCACUCGGUGUGGCGAGCGAAGCCAGGGAGACGUGACACAUAACCUCGUCUCGUAUGGCGACCAGGCCCAGUCGUUCACCUUGCGCGUCUUUGGAAUCGACUGCACAUGCUCGGUAUGUCUGCGUCAAUGGGCUAAAAAAGCAUCUCCCAAGAAAUCAACAUCGAAGAACGGCCUCCAAGGCACUUUGCUCGACACCCAAUCUGUCGUUUCUGCCAUGGUCGAUUUCCUCGGUAUCGAAGUGUCGAACGAAGAUGCGGGUCCCUCGUCAAAGUCAUUCUCUCAGCAGUGGGACAGAGAAAGAGUUGUGAACGCAAUGCUGUGGUUUCUGGAGCCAUUCGUCCGGUAUUGGCUCGUCGCAGAUGGAGAAGGCUCGACGGAGGAGUACCAUGAUUCCGAUAAUGACGACACUCCAAUCCCACCAUGCACUGACGAACCCGACCAACUCGAACUGAAUCUCGGCCUUCGGAUGCAAGACCUUCGACUGAUCUUCCGUACCAUGUACGACUUCUACGCCAAGGGCCUGAGCACGAAGAUAAUGCCUCUGUCUUUACCCAUACGACUCUAUCGGUUGCAUCGACAGAGAAUAGCUAUGCAGGCGAGAAUGGAGUUGGAGAAAGAGUCAGAAGUUCAGGCCAAAACUGGAGCUGCACGACAGGAAAUCGCCACAGUUUCGAACCAAGACGCACCGAUGGAUACGGAGGCGGGCUCUGGUGUCCAGGGAGACGAUGAGCUUGAAGAGGGGGAGAUCCGUGAAGACUCCGUCUCCACCACAUCCAUCACGACUAGCGAGCCAGCUCCGGACACCAUGGCGCCUUUCCCUGAGGGGUCAUUCUACGACCACUUCACCUCCAGCACACAUGCCAUCGCGUUGAUGUUUUUCCAGAACCGGUCCCACACUGGCGCUGAGACUCCCCCCAAGCUCGCAAUCCGUUCUGCGGCGGCCCGGGCCGCAAUGCGCGAAAGAGAGGGCAGAGGAGGUGGGAUGCGGGGGUUGACUGGGAAGGCCAGGGAGACAGCACUGGAGGCCAGGGUCGUUAAGGCGCGCCUGGAAGAUCAAGAGAGGAGGGAGGCUGCUCAGACUUUGGAGGGCAGGAAGGGUCAGUUGACGUGUCGGCCCAAGAAUUCCUCGCCUCUCCGGCUCUCCCUGACGAGAGACGAGGCUUUCGCUCUGAUGGAUGCGAAUGAGAGACGAUGGACAAAAGUCGAUCGAUUGAUAUCCCUGGUCUACGGUGAUAUGCGACAUGAACUGGAAGAAGCGCAAGCCAGGUAUUUGGUACCCGGCAAGGGUUUGCAUAUCGACGAACCGACUUCACGACUUCCAAUGCCCCUAUCGGAUAGCAAUCCUUGCACGACAUCCCCUCCUGUCGCAGAUCCUCCAACAUGGCCUUUCUCUCGUGAUCCUCUUCCGAAGCCAGCACUAUGCUCUCUAGCGCACAACGGAAACUUGAUGGGAUACCCAGCUCGCAUCCCCGUCACCGACUCAGUCGCGCAAAUACUUGCCAAUGCCAAAGCCCUACUACUCCCCCAUUGGUCCACGUUCGAAGCGGACCUGAAGUGCUCAGUCGAUAACAUCUACACCGAGAACCCGCGUCUCCAAGAGGAGCGGGAUCAGUGUCAAGUCGAGAAAGAAAAGGAAGCGAUGGAAUGGAGAGAUCCUGUCUUUGGACCAUCGAUCCGAGAUGAAGUUCCUCCCAACGACGAAGAAUUCGAAGACAUCCCAACGCUCUCGCCUCGAUUGAAGGAGCUCGAGCGGAUGAUCUUUCGACAAACUCGAUUGAAGGUCGUAUCGGAGACGGGGAGCUCCCUUUCGUCGAAUGGGAAUUUGUUUUAUCAGCCUUCUACCCUGACUGCCUGA